UCGGGUUGGUGACUGUGGCCAUCAUUGUCAUCACUCUCCCUGUCUCCUCAGUAUGGUUGGAAAAUUAUGCCAAAAGCAUCCAAAUUCGGGACUUGCCUCGACCUGGCAGGGGUGACUGGAGGCGGCGGCGGCAAGAGCCAAGCAUCGGAGGCGAGUGCCGGCUCUCAAGUCAGAGCCCCGCAGCAUUCUCUCUCUGUCUGGCCCCUUGAAAACAAACCCGCUACCAGCCCAUAUAUUUCCUGGUAAUCGAAAAUACUCACCAGACCCAGCCUACUACGGUUAUUAAGCAAAUUAUGCCAGCAGACGGGAGUAUCGUUUGCAAGCUAAGGCACGGGAUAUAUACUUUUUUUUUUUUUUUUUUUUUUUUUUUUUUUUUUUUUUUUUUAAGAGGCAACAGCCAGACGCGUUUGCAGCCUCGAGAUUUGGCUCGCCCAGAGAGGUUCUCCUAGGGUUAUGUGUUACGGUCCAAUCCCGGGAAGCCAACUGGAGAGGGAAGUCAUGAAGCGCCAGGGCUGCUGCCUAUGUGACUCUUCCCCUCGAAGCAAGGUUGCUGAGGAAGAUCCUGAUAAACAAUGGCUCAGCACCGGCGACCGAUUGUUCUCCAUACUGUACACCCGAUAGCCACCAAAAAAGAAGAAAAAAAAAGAGGAAAAGAGGAAAAAAGAAAAAAAGAAAGGAAAAAAAAUCAAACCAGAACACAAAGCCAAACAAACAAACAAACAAAAAAUACAAAGGAGCCCAUUGAGGCUGGGUCGGGAAGGAGAAACUAGUUUUGGAGGAAGUGCUAUUCCUAGGAAAAAAUCAAGACCCUCUGCUUCAGACUCCUGCCUGGGUGCAACUUCUUAUGCGGGGGCCUGACGGUGUCAAAACUUUGAAGAUUAAUGGAUUACUUUGUUAAUGACUCAAGGCGUCAGAUUGAGGUGCUUAAAUGAUUUGUGAGGUGCAAAGCGUUUUCCUGACAGUCCCAAACAAUGAGAGAAGAGUGUGCGGGUGGAUGCGAGGAAGGCAGCAGGCUGCAGGACAAGCAGCCACACACACACACACACACACACACACACGCACACACACACACACACACUCUCGCAGCCUCUCUCACAAACAUAUCCACGCACACGCACCCUCCUCCCCACCCCCGAUCAUUUCAGAUUAGGACGCCAAGGGGAUAGAUACUCGAGAUAUCAUUUCCCCUUUUAAAAAAAAAGUGUAAAUAAAGCCUUUCUGGCCCCCAAUGAGGCGUUCCUUCCCGACUUUUUUGGAUCAAUCAAACAGACAGUGGCUUCUUUUGAUUAAAGCCCAAAUUGUCAUUGGGCAGAGGCAAUCAUGUGACAGCCAAUUCGGUCCAAUUUCAACCUUGUCUCCAUGAAUUCAAUAGUUUAAUAGUAGCACGGUCCCCAUACGGCUGUAAUCAGUGAAUUAGAAAAAAAACACCCCACCAGCGAUCUUCUAUGCUAUAUUUUUUUUCUCCUCUCUCUCCUUUUUCCUGGGCCUUCCCCUCCCCCCGAGGCCCCUGAAUCCGAGGGAACUUUUUCUCCGCGGGGGCUGCCAGUUGAAGGCCAUGAAUUUCGCAUUUGAGCGAGAGAUCGGUUUUAUCAAUAGCCAGCCAUCGCUUGCUGAGUGCCUGACAUCUUUUCCCCCUGUCGGUGAUACAUUUCAAAGUUCAUCAAUCAAGAACUCGACGCUUUCACACUCGACACUGAUUCCUCCUCCUUUCGAGCAGACCAUCCCCAGCCUGAACCCCGGCAGCCACCCUCGCCACAGCGGCGGCGGUCGCCCCAAGGCGAGCCCCCGCGGCCGCAGCGGCAGCCCGGGCCCCGCCGGCGCCCCGCCGCCCCCGGAGUACCCCUGGAUGAAAGAGAAAAAGGCGUCCAAGCGAUCCGCGCUGCCGCCCGCUUCGGCCUCCGCCUCAGCCGCUGGACCUGCCUGCCUCAGCCACAAAGACCCCCUUGAAAUCCCCGAUAGCGGUAGCGGUGGAUCUAGGCGCCUGAGGACGGCUUACACCAACACCCAGCUUUUGGAGCUAGAGAAAGAAUUUCAUUUCAACAAGUACCUCUGUAGACCAAGGAGGGUUGAGAUUGCAGCCUUGCUGGAUCUGACUGAGAGACAAGUCAAAGUCUGGUUCCAGAACAGGAGGAUGAAGCACAAGAGACAGACCCAGUGCAAGGAGAAUCAAAACAGCGAGGGGAAAUUUAAGAACCUAGAGGACCCCGAAAAAGCAGUGGACGAGGAAGAAGAGGAGGAGGAGGAGAAAUCCCUCUUCGAGCAAGCCCUCAGCAACGUCUCCGGCGCUCUCCUGGAGCGGGAAGGCUACGCUUUCCAGCAGAAUGCCCUCUCCCAGCAGCAGGCGCAGAAUGCGCACAAUGGCGAAUCCCAAACUUUCCCCGUUUCGCCUUUAACGAGCAAUGAGAAAAAUCUGAAACAUUUUCAACAUCAGUCACCCACUGUUCAAAACUGCCUCUCAACAAUGGCCCAGAACUGUGCAGCUGGCCUGAACAAUGACAGUCCUGAGGCCCUAGAUGUCCCUUCUUUACAGGACUUUAACGUUUUCUCCACAGAUUCCUGCCUACAGCUUUCAGAUGCAGUUUCCCCCAGUUUGCCAGGAUCUCUGGACAGUCCCGUAGAUAUCUCUGCUGACAGUUUUGACUUUUUUACAGACACACUCACCACAAUUGACUUGCAGCAUCUGAAUUACUAAGAAAUUAAAGAAGUCCUAUCCCAGGGUCCUGCUUUCUCCUCCUUAUUCUUCUUAAUUUUUUUCCCCAGUGAAUUAAUUUUAUGUUUCCCUUCCCUUUCCCUCUUCACUAUUUUCUGUUUGUUACUUCCCUCUGAUAUGCCAUUUUGCCGUUUCCUAUGAAGUUUUAGUUGUGUUCAAUUUUAACCUAGCCACAUUCUAGGUCCUUCUAUGAAAGCAAUAUAUGAGGUCUGUAAGAAAGUGAUCAUAUAGGAAUGUAUCUUCACUUUCUUUUUAUUUUUGUAUUACAUUAGGAUGCGUUGUCAUAAGUAUUUUUGGUAGAAUAAAUUCUUGUUUGCUACAAGGAGCUUUCUCUUUUUUCUUUCUCUUUCUCCUCUCUUUCUCUCUGCUUUCAAGAUGGAUAACAUGACGGGUAUCUCUCCCCAUCCCUUCCACUAUUAAUUUACUAAUAAUCAAAAUCCAACGUUCUGACAACGAGCUCUUCCCUUUUGGCAAUUUAGGACACUUUCGAGAGGAAAAUUCUUUCAUUUUCUUUAUUAUAAGGAUUCUCAUCAGGGAAGGAUAAACAAACUAAAGAAAUUAAAACCGUUCACAGGUUUGAUGGA